AAAAGUAUGUAUAACCAAUUACAAAUAUAUAGUCUCAUCAAAUUUAAUAUAUACACACAAAUCACUUUUUCAAUCACUACCACUUCACCACAUGAUGGACCUAACCAAUCAUCAUCUAAGACUUGCUCUCUUACUCAUCUUCUUGUUCUUCUUCAACCCCACAUGUUUAUCUUUCAAUUUUAAUACAAACCAAACUUUUUCACUGAAAUAUCAGAUUCUUGAGAUUGCUAACAGUCCCAAGACAGUGGAAUGGAUUAAGAAAAUCAGAAGAGAAAUUCAUGAAUAUCCUGAACUUGCUUAUGAAGAAUUCAAGACAAGUUCUUUAAUAAGGCGUGAGCUUGAUGAUUUAGGUGUUGGUUAUGAAUGGCCAGUGGCUAAAACAGGUGUUGUUGCUAAGAUUGGUUCUGGACUUCCUCCUUUUGUUGCUCUUAGAGCUGACAUGGAUGCUUUGCCUAUUCAGGAACUUGUGGAUUGGGAUCAUAAGAGCAAAGUAGAUGGAAAAAUGCACGCCUGUGCUCACGAUGCUCAUGCCGCGAUGCUUCUUGGUGCUGCAAAGAUACUGCAAGAAAUGAAAGACAAGUUAAAGGUUACUGUUGUUCUUAUAUUCCAACCAGCUGAGGAAAGAGGCGUAGGUGCGAAAGAUAUGAUCCAAGAAAAUGUGCUUGAAGAUGUAGAGGCAAUUUUCGGAUUGCAUUUAGUGACAAACUAUCCUUUAGGUGUUGUUGCAUCGCGGCCGGGAGAAUUUUUAGCCGGAUGUGGAAGCUUCAAAGCAAAGAUCAAAGGUGAUUUAGCAGGAGUUCCACAGCGUUGUUUUGAUCCUGUUUUGGCCGCCUCAGCUUCUGUGAUUAGCUUGCAAAACAUUGUUUCAAGAGAGGUGGAUCCUUUAGAUUCCCAGGUGGUUUCUGUGGCAAUGAUUCGUUUAGAGUCUGGUCAUGAACUCGUUCCUGAUUCUGUUACAUUUGGAGGUACUUUUAGAGCUUUCGGUAAAAAGAGCUUCAAUUCACUAAGGCAACGGAUAGAAGAGGUUAUCAAAGGGCAAGUAGAAGUGCAUAGAUGCUCAGCAGAGGUUGAAUUCUUUGGUGAAGAACAUCCAACAAUUCUUCCAACAACAAAUGAUGAGAGAAUCUACCAACUAGCAAAACAUGCCUCAAGUAUGAUUGUUGGAGAAGAGAACAUUAAACUAGCACAAAUCACAACAGGGAGUGAAGAUUUUGCAUUUUUCUUGGAAAAAGUUCCUGGCUCAUUUUUCUUUUUAGGGUGUGGAUCCAUAUAUUCUGCUCAUAAUUCUCAUUUUUUCAUUGAUGAAGAUGUUCUUCCCAUUGGUGCUGCAUUACAUGCAGCAUUUGCUCUAUCAUAUCAUUCACAUCCAACAAAUUCUUAUCCUUAGUGACACUUAAUUAUCUAUAUUUAAGGAUUUAAUUAAGUUGUAAUCACUAUAUUUAAACCAGCUCAUAGCGAGAAUAAAUCAUUAGAGAAUUUAUAUAUUUUCUUUAAUGUGGUAUUAGCAACUCUAUGUUCACAAAAUAGGGCUUAAAGAAAAAAAAUCACAUGCCAACCAUACUUCAUGGCCGCAAACCAAACUCAAUGGUAGUAGGCUCUUACCGGAUCUUUGGAUGAAGAGUUUCCUGUGAUCGGCAUUGGCCGCGACGGAGGCCUGGGCAACUAAAACAGUUGUGAUCGGCUUUGGCCGUGGUGGAGGCCGGGGCAACUAACAUAAUAGUGGACAGUGGUCUCGGCUCCGGUAACAGUUGGAAGAGCCGCAAUAAUGGAAACAGAGGUGAUGCACACAUCACUAUCCAUAUCGAUGAGACUGACAGGUUUGGUACUGGACAUGGUAGUGGCAAGCAACGGUGGUGACAAUGAUUUCAAUACUGGUUUUUGUUGAACACCAUGAAGAUGAGAGUACAACAUAACUAACUAGUGAAGUAGAGUAACUACAUUGUAACUAAUUUUUAGUUAGUUAUCAAAGUAGUUAGAGAUGUAUUUAAGUUAGUUAAGUGGUUACUUGCUACAUAAGCAACA